AUGGGCAACUACCGCAUCCCUAAGAAAAACUCUAAUGCUACAGAAGAGGAGAGGAAGCGUCAGAGACUGCGCGACACCCGUAAUCUCGCGACUGGGAUAGAGAUAGCCUUGAAGAACCUCUUACCUAACGAGAGUAAGGUGGUCAAAAAGGCGGUCUGGAAUACUCACGACUCUUUGGCUGUUGACAUUGAACUUGGGGUUGACUCAAGUCGGACCGAGUUUCUCGGCGCAAGAAUCGUUGACCGGGCUACUUCCAAUGGUAUGUGUUAGUUGGCUGGCCUGUUUUUGAAGACACCCGAUCUCUAAUCUACGAUUGUCCUCUUCUAGGUCAAACCAGAGGAAACGGAGGGCUUGUUAACGGUCGCAGAAAGUUUGCAGGAGUUCCUAUUGCCCCUAGAGCAAUGAUUAAGCAUUGGUCAGUCUUCGAUCAAGGGAAGGCUCCAGAUCAUUCGCACAAACAAGGCCCCCAGGACCCCAAUGGACAGAUCGGUGUUUCACGUGCUAGUCCUCCCACACGGGCACCCAACUCGAAUGAUGGUGAAUCCCCUUCGGAUGCAUCCGGCCGCACUACCCAUCCGUACUUGCAGGACCCCUCGGAUCCCAACAGGCUCAUUGGUGUUCCGCGUCCCCGUCUGCCUUCAUGGGCGGGUCGCCCAGAUUGUCACAAAUCUAGCUCUGAAAACCCUAUUCGCACUAGUUACCCUUACUUACAGGACCCCUCGGAUCCCGACAAGUUCGUAGGGGUUCCUCGCCCUUUUGAUUGGAAAGACCAAAGCACUGUAUCGGAUCACUAUACUGGGCCAGCCUUCUAUGACCACCGCCGUAGGCAAAUAGAGCUCGGCGUUGUUCCAUCUAUUUAUCCCGACUACUGGAUCAACGGACAAACUUUCGGUGACGACGAUAAAGAUAUAUUUUCGGCCAAAAGGCUGCACGAAAAGGGUAGGCUUAUCUCCCGGCUUCUGCCCCUUUGCGGAGAACCUCCAGAAUUAUCAUGGGUGCUGACCUGGUACGUUCAGAGCGAGAAGGAAUGAAAUCAGAUGCAGCUGGUGGGCCUUUGGACGGCGUAGACAGAGACGGCGAUGUAGUCAUGAUGCAGGGGCAAGAAAUCAACAUACCUACUGCCCAGGAGCCAGAAAUUGUUAUGCCUACCCCCGUCCGCAUAUUGCCCACUCCGGCCAACAGCGCAUGUGGGUCGCUGAUCCAGGUCUUUGAUGGCUUUCGCAUCGAAGAUGAUGUCGUCCUGGAGACCGCUGAAACAGUCAAGGCUCGUCAAAAGUUCUUCGCAGAGCUCGAGUCGGAUGAGACUCCAAUAGAGCCUGUGAAUGCUCCUGCGGCUAGUGAGGGACGUUCUGGAGGAGGAGAAAUUUCUUCCCUUGUCGACCUAGGCGACUCGAAAGCCUCAGACACCGCUUCCACCUCGAUGGUUAGUCGCAUUAGUGCCAAGUCGAGCACGAACGCCCUCCUUUCCGCUCGUAUAGAAAAGAUGCAGCCGUAUCGUACCUCUAGCGUAGCUGGCUCUUCUUAUGCACCCACAGCAUCAAGUGGAGCAUCAGACUUUGAUGGGCCUCAUAAAUCUCGUCUGGGUACUCCAUCUCAAAGAUCGUUUGGGCGCAAUGGGACUUCCAACCAUAGCACGGCCUCCAAGGCACCUAGCACGGUCUUCUCCUACGCCGGUAGUUCCGGGGGUCGCAAUUGCCCCUUCGAUACAAUGUUCGACGCUGUGCUGGCCCACGCCAUUGACAUUCCAGUCCUCGAGCCUACUCCAGCACUCAAGAGCAGUCUUUUCGCGGGGCAUGCUGCAAACUUAAGGGUUCCCAUGUCUCACAACGAGAAGGUCAGCCAAUGGGCUGCGUCCGUCAUACCCAGCGGGAACUCAAAUGGUCAACCACCCUCCCCGGGUAAACCUGUCCCAGCCAGCAAAGCGCCAGUUGAGUUUAUUUUCCCCCGCAACAGGGCAUCCGGAGCUAAGACCAUCCUCCCCACGCGCAAGCCUAACAACACCUCCAGCGACCUCCUCGAGAUGGGCGGCAGGGAAAAGGGCGACAUGCACCCCCCCCCGAAUAGUGGGAAGUCCUAAAAAGGUAGAAGGCGUUAUAUACGGAGCAAAGCUUAACCUCGCAGAUAUUUGCAUUACUACGGAUCUGUUACCGGAUAAAAACAAAAAAUCCAUUUCAAAAACAAAAAAAAACUUGUCAUCAAAUAAAACCUUUUGCGACUGCCUGUCUUGUCUUUUGGCUCUCUGCCACAUCUGACCUCUUCCCCAUAUGUUAUAGGUAAUCGUGCAAGUGGAGGGUGGGGUUGCGCUACCCGCUAUUAGAUCGCUUUGUGUCACCUAUAGUUUCUCAGAUAUCUGGGUUUCCGGCAAGGGUGCUACUAUCAUUAAAUUUUAUCUCUGGCUCAUGUGGUGGAUUUGGGGGAGAUUGCAACAUUUUUCAUGAGGGAAUUCAUGGGAUUGGAAUGUAGCUUUGUCUAGCUUAGACGGUCACCUGUCUUUACUUUUUUAGAAAAAUAAAAACCUUGCAGUUGCAUU